GAGAAACACCAUCUAACGGUCGGGCUACUAAAGCUUCAAAAUAGAGAGACCUGAUCCAUCUACACAUAAAAAACUUGCUUCCUGUCUGUUAUGUCUUCUCUGUCAAGGUUGCCUCUCAUAUCCGAAAGUACUUUGACCGUGCCCUCUAUCAAACAGGUAAUUCAACUCGGUAUUCGAACUUUUGUGGUCGUCUGCUUUGCGGUUGCUGAAUACGAAAUCCCACACGUUGAAGGUUGUAGGAUUGAGAGAGUACACGAAAUUUUCACGAGGAAGUUGUGGUUUCUGUCGUUUGAUUCUUUAAAUACCACACAGUAAAGUUGAAAGCCUGGCCGAGUUCUUCUGUUAAAUGUUGGCUAACGUCCAUUGAUCGAGGAUUCCGACUGGAGGAGCCCGUGAGCGUAACACGUGCUCAGUGAACGAGUCAUUGAUCCGCACCGAAGGCUGAAGCGAAGAUAAAAGCCAACAUGAUUUCGUCAAAGAAGCUCUUAUGUAAUAGGGUAUUGAUGAAGAGUAUUUUAUCAAAACAGUUGGGGAUAAAAUCAGAGGAUACAGCCACUAUCACAAUGAAAAAGAAAUUAAAUGAUAGUGCCUUGAAAAAAUGGGCAAUAGUUUCACCCCUCGUUGGAACUAAACAACUUACCGCACAGUUGGUAACUGGGAUCGAAGUAACACCAAUAGCUGCAACAUGGGCUGUCCUAGACAUUCAUUUAAAUGAGGUAGUUGAUUGUGGAACCUAUCCACUAUUUAGUGAAGAUGUUAAAGCUUGCUCAUCUGUUAUCCUUGACUUGGUCCACAGGGUCAAAGAAUUAAUCCCGCCCAGUGACUUGUUUGUGCUAGAAGAAAAAUUGUGGACUAAAGGAGGUUUUAAGUCAAACAGUGAUAUGGGAAUCAACCUUUUGACAUUUCAGGCAAUGUUGUACACACUUUUGAAUGAAAAUUUUGUUCCUGAUGACUCUUUAAGUAAAGUCUUCUACAUCCAACCCAAGGCCAUAUUGAAACUUUUUAAACUGAAAGUAGGAAAUGAAAGGGUGUCUAGUCAGCACAUUGUGCAGAGAAUGAUUAGAAGGUCGGAUGUUGGAUAUGUCCUGGACAAUAGAUGGGAAAACAUGGGUAGCCUAGAAGUCGGUAGUGACCACUACGGCCAACUCAGUUGGAGUAAUCCAGAAAUGAUUAAAAGAAUCUGGACUAGGGAUGAACUUUGGAGAGAAAAUGUUUCUAAUGCGAUUCUAGCUGCGCAUGCCUUUACGGACCUCUGUCUGAAAGAAGACGGAAACGCUCUACGUCUCCUAUGGAAACGUGCAUAACGAAAGUAUGGACAUGAAGAUAUAGUUGCAGACUUGCGGUCAGGAGUUCUCACCGUCUCUAUGGUGAACGUGGGGGCGUUCCAAUGUUCUAUACAUGUCUAACCUUCAGUUACCUUCGAGUCGUCGGCCGGAGCGGAAGCUUUUCUACAGAUCAGUGUUUCGUGACUGGAUGAGCACGCUUCAUCCCAGAAAUAACUUUCUUCCAGCUUUCUAUUCGGUUCUGUCAUCCAGUCUGCAUUAGCCAACUUGUCGCUACUAGAUGACACCAACUGGCGAUAUGAUUGGUUUGCAACGAGCUGAAGCUCUCCAACAAAGAGGCACACGAUCUGAACCUCAUGAUUUUACCUUCAGUCAUCAGCAAAGAUCUAGCCAAUGUUCCCCAACGAGAGGUCGUUCAGAUUAUCAACGAGCACAGUUCCGGAGAAUGUAUCGUUAUGGAUUGUCUUUGCUGCUGGUAGGCGCCCUUUGCAACUGGAUCGGUUUUGCUCAGCACUAUUUUGCACCGGUUCGUUACUUGGGCGUUGGAUGCGUCGUCGCUGGAGCUUUAUGCAUCUGCAUUGCGCUUUGCCGUUGGCUAACCAUACGUGAUAGAUGCAGCGAUCCAUCCACCAAUCAGGAUACAUCGUGUAGCGCAGAACCCAACAUACAUGUCAUAGCCGUUUCCGUUCAAAAUGGCGAUUCAUUCCACCAGCACCAGCAAGGAAAUAUUCCCACUAAACCACCAGACUACGAAACUGCUGUUGGAUGUAAACCUCCAUCUUACGACGAGGCUGUCAGAAUCUCCCCAGCUGCCUUUUUACAUCCGUACUCAUGUUCGGUGUCAGUUACUUUGCCCGAUUCGGGAGUGCCUGUCAACAGCCAACUCUCCAGUCGAACGUCUUGCCCAGCGAUCGAUACUGGCACUUCCCGGAACGAUGUUGUUUAAGCGUUCAUCGGAUUGUGCGCGAGUAUCGUUUCCGCAAAGUAUGCCAAGCGCACAGCAUCUUUCAUAGACGGACCUAAUUGCAUUUGAUGCCACCUUUUUUUUCCGCCAAACUUUCAACCCAAUGAUCAUCCUUGUUACAAGAGGAUAGGAGGAAGUUUGAAGUAUUCAUCAACUAUACCUUGCCGAAAUAAUGGUGAUGUGAUUCGACGGUGACAAACUGAACGUUACAGCUCAGUUUGUUUAUUGAACUUCAUAUCCCACUGUUGUUAAAUUGUGUCUUACUGGAACUUGUAAAUAAUGUCACAUCUGUUCAGCUUCGCAUUAUAAAAUUGCAAUGGGACCAGGUAAAAGAAAACUUCGUAACCACAAUCUUCAGUUACAUGUUUUUCUUUACCACAAGAAAUUGUUGUAUAACUGUCGUAGCUAGAAAAGUGUGCGCGUUUGAGUCGCUAGUCAAGGUUUAAAUGUCGUCAAUGGUUCUUAAUUUUGUAUAACGCAUUGUCUCCACGUUGACGCCGUCCUUGCAAAACUCUGUAUCCGUUUGAUGCGUGAUUUAUACAGUAUGUUUUUGUUCUGUUG